AUGUCAAGAGGGUGGAAAAAACGAAAAAUUUCUGAUUCAGAUUCAGAGGUAGAUAUUAGCAGUAGCGACGAGAGCGAUGAUUUCUUGGUAAGUGAAUCGGGUUCUGAAGAUGAAACUAUAAAUAAUGGUAAUGAUCUUGAAGAUGAAUCAUGUGAAGAAUCUGAAGUACCUUUAAGUACACGUCAGUCAAACUUAAGAUCAGAUUUUAAAUGGACUGAUCAAAAUGUAUUUAAUCCUGUCAUAUAUCCUUUCAAAGACGACAAUCAUGGAGUACAGCCAUCUUCAGGAUUAACCUCUAGAAAUUCUCCGGUUGAAAUUUUCAAAACAAUUUGGGACGAAAAUCUGGUAGAUAUAAUUUGCGCACAGACAAACACUUUCGCAGAGAGUAAAAAAAAUAACCUUAUAGAGCAAGGGAAAUUGAAGAAAAACUCUCGUAUAUUAAAAUUUUCUCCUGUAGAAAUUGACGAAAUGUAUGCCUUUCAUGCCCUUGUAAUUUUGAUGGGUAUAAUUAAAAAACCAGAACUUUCGAUGUACUGGACAACGGCUCCUACUCUACAGACUCCAGCUUUUAAAAAUUGCAUGACAUAUGAUAGAUUCCGAUUAAUUUUAAGUAUGUUGCAUUUUCAAUCCGAUUUCGAUGAUGAUAAUGAUGCUUUGGUCAAAAUUCGUCCUGUUUUAGAGUACUUGCUGGAAAGAUUUCAGGCUACUUACCGCCCAGGAGAAAAUAUUGCUAUAGAUGAAUCCUUAUUGCUAUGGAAAGGUCGACUGAGUUUCAAGCAAUUUAAUAGAAACAAACGAGCCAGAUUCGGAAUUAAAUUGUACCAAACGUGUGAGUCAAAAACUGGGUAUUCCUAUAAUAUAAAAGUGUAUAUUGGAAAAAGAGGAAACGACUCUUAUAUUGAUAAACGUAUUGGAAUUUCUGGACAAGUAGUGAAAGACAUGCUCUUAGAUCUUGGUGGGCAAGGACGUACGUUGUAUAUUGACAAUUGGUACUCUUCGCCUUCUUUAUUUUACCAACUGCUCAAUGAAAAAACUAAUGUCUGUGGGACGGUGAGAUUGAAUAGGAGAUACUUACCAAAGUUCAACACGAAAUGUAUCAAAAAGGGAGAUAUGAAAGUAUUUCAUACUCCAAAACUCUGUCUAAUGGCUUGGCAUGAUAAAAAAAUUGUGUCUAUGCUAACUACAAAACAUGCUCCAGAAUUGAUAGAUACAGGGAAAAAAAUCCAAGAACUGGAGAAUCAGUAA